UUGCUUUUUAAUAUGCAGGAAUUCAUGAAAUUGUAAGUAUUUUUCCCAUCUCUGGACAGAAGAGGCUAGAGAUCGUGGUGUUGUUAUGCUGUGUGCUAGUUUUGAUUUAGGGCUGCAAGCUGUUUUGCUGAUUCGACCUUCUACAGGUCUCAAGGAUAAUUGUGUUGUCUUCUGAUUUAUUUCAGAGCUAAAAGAGAAAUGCUUGAGGUGGGUCUGAUUGUGUAGUGUGUUGAUUACAAGAUAAAAAGCCACACAUGAAAAGACGGAAACAAGUCCCUGGACAGCGGCAUUGCCGAGAUGGAGGAACUUCCUGUUCCCCAGAACAUCAAAAUAAGCAACAUCACAUGCGACUCCUUUAAGAUCUUCUGGGAUAUGGACUCCAGGUCCAAGGAACGCAUCACGCACUACUUCAUUGAUCUCAACAAGAAAGAAAACAAGAAUGCCAACAAGUUCAAACACAAGGACGUCCCCACUAAACUGGUAGCGAAAGCUGUUCCUUUGCCCAUGACAGUGCGAGGACACUGGUUCCUGAGUCCACGCACUGAAUACACUGUGGCCGUUCAGACCGCAUCCAAACAGGGUGAUGGAGACUACGCCGUCUCUGAAUGGAGCGAGAUCAUUGAAUUCUGUACAGCCGAUUAUUCCACUGUUCAUCUCACACAGUUACUGGAGAAAGCCGAGGUCAUUGCUGGCAGAAUGCUCCGGUUCGCUGUCUUUUAUCGAAACCAACACAAAGAGUACUUUGACCACACAAGGGAGGCCCAAAACAACAAGAUGUUGCCAUCAGUGAAGGACAACAGCGGUAGCCACGGUUCGCCCAUCAGCGGGAAACUCGAGGGCAUCUUCUUCAGCUGCAACACCGAGUUCAACACGGGCAAACCCCCACAGGACUCGCCAUACGGCCGUUACCGCUUCCAGCUGCCAGCCGAGGAGCUCUUCAGCCCCAAGACAAACCUGUAUUUCGCUGACUUCUACUGCAUGUACACGGCCUAUCACUACGUCAUUCUGGUGAUCGCGCCGAAGGGCUCGUCUGGAGAUGAGUUCUGCAAGCAGCGCCUGCCAGCGCUGGAUCUCGCCAACAACCGCUUCAUGACGUGCUUGGAAGAAGAAGAUGGCCAGCUGGUGUUCCACCACGCACAGGACCUUAUCCUGGAGGUCAUCUACACCGAUCCCGUGGAUCUGAGCCUGGGUACGGUAGCUGAGAUCAGCGGCCACCAGCUCAUGAGUCUGUCCACAGUCAAUGCCAAGAAGGAUCCCAGCUGCAAGACCUGCAACAUCAGCGUGGGACGCUAACCUAAGAACCUGAACCCUCCUGCUGCCUUGAACAGCACAGAAAAUCGCCUUCUCCUUUCGCCAUCCUCCUUACCCAUUAUCGAACUUAUCCAUAAUUACUUCUGGUGUCUGGAAGGCUCCUCCGCAGCAUGUGUCUCACAGCUUUUUUUUUUUUUUUUUACUAGCUUAUGGAUCUUGACCCAGGGUUUGGGUUAGCUAUGUUGUGUUCCUAUUUUUGUGCUCAAUCAAACUGCUUCUUUAAUCCUAUUGGCUAUCAGACCUUCCUGUUAGAAUGCAGAAUUGUAACCAAAGUUUACACAAAUGUAACACUAAAUGCUUAUCAAGUCACUCAAAUCUGUGAAUCGAGACAACCGUUCUUAUGAGGCAUUAUGAAUGUGAGGAUAUCAAGUGAGGUAUCUCAAAAAACGUGAUUGGACGUAUCUGUAGCAUGAUUGCAAACAUUUUUGGAAACGUUGACAUUAGCACUUCCAUAACUGUUCUUCAGCAGUGUUUCAUGCUAUCUAUUCCAACCCAUCCAGUAUACUGUGAUUUAGCAUAUAAUCAAUGUGACAUGAUGUGUAGAUAGAAAAAUAUUUAUUUUUUAACUGAUGAAUAGAAAAAGGACAGGAUCAGAAGUGCACAAUACAGGACUUUGGUGAUGGAAAAGUAAUAUAAAUAUAAAUAUAUAUAUAUAUAUAUAUAUAUAUAUAUAUAUAUAUAUAUAUAUAUAUAUAUAUAUAUAUAUAUAUUUACUGUAUACACCAAUGUAGUUACGUGCACUAUAGCUAACAUUCAAAAGCUAAAUUUGUCAUUGUGGAUGUGUACAGAAAAUAAAUUCUGGGACGACAUUAACAUGACAAAAUAACCACACCUGAUUGUAGCACAAUUCAACAGUUUAGCUGGCUGGCAUGCAAAGACACUACACAAAGAUUGUAAUAGUUCAUUGCAGUAGAGCUGUCGGAAAGCAAAGAUAUUGAUUGUUUCAUUUCCAGAGAGUAGCUACUUGAGCAAAAUUGCACUUAAAGCGCUCAUCUGCUUCUCAUGAACAUAUCUCCGCUUUGGGCUUGAGUAUUGUUUUUAAUGUAUGAUGUGAUUGGACAGUGUUCAUUUUAACCAAUAUAUCAUUUGUUCUUGAUGUAUAGAAGGAAAACUGUGCUCUGUGAUGACCACGUACCAUACUGUAACACGUUUUUGAGAAAAAUGGAUCUUUAGAAAUACAGUCCUUAGCUCUUCUGGGAGAAUCUUUUCAAUUCUGGGUAGUAUGUCUCAUUCUGUGCUCCCUUUUUAAUGCGAGAGACAAAUAUAUGAGAAAUAAACAAUUACGUUUUGUUGGUUCAUACAAUGCAUACAAUUAUGGUUUGUUUCUGCAGUUUUUUUUAUGUUAGGGAACUCAUUGAAAUUUGCACAAGACCAUUAUUUUAAGUGCUCUGAGUUGUUUUCUAUCUAGAGCGUUGCAUUAUUUGACAGUCUAGAGAUUUUAUGUAGCCCCAGAGAAUCAUGGAUCCUCAUUAGUGUGCACAAUGUCACCAUGGUCCUUAUGAGAAUCAUAAACUAGCUUCAAACAAGAGCAAGAAAAAAUUAAUAUUGCAUAUGAUUCGACUUUGGUUACAAAUAAAGAUCUUCUCCAAAAAUAAAGUGCCAUAUUCCAUAAACAUAGAUGAAUACUCUUUGCCCUUUGAAAUCUGAAUGAGGUUUGUAUCGAUCCGUCUCGCUCUGUACACAGCACAGAGAUCGCACACGUUUGUGUUUGUUAUAGUAGUCACUGAAAGGCCUUGAUCGUUUCGGCCCAACCCACUGAGUCUAGGACUUCUAAUGUGGUCAGAAAAUAUGUUAAAGUGCAUUUUAGCAUCAUUAUGGCACAAUUAUGUCAAAACUCCAUUUGGUCCAAACAUUGGGUUCAACACUGAAAGGCAGAAAGAAUCUCUUUAACUCAGAUAGUCUGUCUGGUUUCCUGUUUGCUGAGCAACACUUCCAGUAAGCGUAAUUUGGCUUUGAGACUUUUGUACUCCUGGUACUCCUCGGCCAUGGGGAUUCGGUCAUCUUUUUGUGCGGUUCUUCAUUAUUUUGGUGGAGAGGGAGAGAAGUAAAAAAAAAAACAGAUACCGCAUGAAACAGACGACUCUGUGAGAUUACACUACCAUUUAACCCUUGAGUUGCCUUACAGAAGCAGUUUUGUACAUCAGUGGAUAGCAGAUUAAAUGGAAAUGUAUUUUAUUUAAAAAACAAAAUCCAUAUAUUGUGUACAGAAACAUUGUUUUGUUUUGUUUUUUCUUCCUGGUGGUAUUAUGUUGUGUAUCAUAGAUGUGCAUUAUGCUAACUAGGCUGGAACUAUUGUAAUCUUUAUUUUCUUUUUUCCUUCCUGUCCAUGUUCAAAAAGACAAAAGUAACUAAAUACCAUUAAAAUGUGUUAAUGCCA